AUGUCAGAAACGCGAAACCGAUCGCGUUGCGAUCCCGGAAAGUACCCACACGUGAUUGUCCACAAGAGUAACGGCGUGGAUAAUAGGCUAUGCAUCGACUACAAGCUGGUAAACAGCCUCACGAGGUCAAUGGUCUAUCCUAUGUCUCUGAUCAGCGACUUGCUAGAGGACCUCGACAAGACGUUGUGGUAUUGCUCACUGGAUAUGGCCAGUGGCUUCUGGGUCGUGCCCAUGAUUGAUCGGGCUCGUGAAAUCUCAGCAUUCAUCACUCCGUUCGGCCUAUUCGAGUGCGAUCGCAUGCCCUUCGGACUCAAAACUCCCCAGAUAUAUCAGCGCUUCGUAGACAACUCGCUGUACGGGUUUCUAAAACUCCCGCGAUCAGGUGACCCAGGAAAUACAACGGAUCUUUCCAGACAGGGAUCGCUGACGAUCCUGAUCGCCACUCGGUGUUGGGACGAAGAUCAUAUAUCGACGACAUCAUGA